UUAUACACCACCACCCUCCUUCUCCAUCUCCUUCUUCUCCCUCUCUUCCUCUUCAUCAAAUUUUUCUUAGCUAUCUCCACUCUCAAACUUCUCUUCCUGUCCCUAUCACCUUCAGUAUUCUAUUUGCAACAUUUAUAAGCCUAGCUAGCUAGCUCCUUAUAUUAGAUUUCCAUAUAUUAUAAGAUUGAUUUAUAUUAAAUACAGCUAGUGUUGUGUUUGGAUUAGCAUUGUUUUGAUUAACUGGUAUACAUAUAUGUCAAUGGCUCCUGUUUCAUUGCCACCUGGCUUCCGGUUUCAUCCAACGGACGAAGAGCUCGUGGCUUACUACUUGAAGCGCAAGAUCAAUGGCCGUAAGAUUGACCUCGAGAUUAUCCCUGAAGUUGAUCUCUACAAAUGUGAACCUUGGGAUUUACCAGGAAAGUCUUUGUUGCCCAGCAAAGAUAUGGAAUGGUAUUUCUUUAGCCCACGAGACCGGAAGUACCCCAAUGGAUCCAGGACUAACCGGGCGACCAAAGCAGGAUACUGGAAGGCGACGGGAAAGGAUAGGAAAGUAAGUUCACAGAGGAGGUCAGUAGGGAUGAAGAAAACCCUAGUCUAUUACCGAGGGAGAGCCCCUCAUGGAGCUCGCACUGAUUGGGUCAUGCAUGAGUAUCGCCUUGAUGAAAGAGAAUGUGAAAUUCCAACUGGUUUGCAGGAUGCAUAUGCACUUUGUCGGGUAUUCAAGAAGAGUAUGAUCAUCACGGCCCCGAAAGUGGCGGAACACUACGUCAGUGCGGCGACGCCGGCGAGAGAUGGGUCCUCUAGCAUAGAUAUAUACUCGGAGGGAAAGAGCGAGGAGAUGGAGAGUUGUAACUAUGCAAUGGUGGGGGCGCAGCCUUCAGCCACAGUUUCUGGCUCAUCCAUGGCGGCAACAGUCCAUGGGUAUUCAUUUCAAGUUGCUGCAGGCUCAAGCAACAAUAACAACAAUAAUAAUAGUGAUGAUAAAUGGAUGCAGUACCUAUCGGAUGAAGCAUUUACUUUCAACUCUAACCCCCCAUCAUCAUCGCUUUCAAAUUAUGCACCUAUACCUUAUCCUCCUUCUAAGGUUGACAUAGCAUUGGAGUGUGCUAGGUUGCAGCACCGGUUCACGUUACCGCAGCUGGAGGUUCAGGAUUUGCCCCAAUCCACCUUCAUCACCAACCAAUUACACCAACCAACUGACAUUGUUCACGAAAUCCUCUCUGUCGCUCAAGUGUCCCAAAAUCUGAUGAAUGAACUAGAGGACAACCCUUGGAGUGGACCAUAUCAUGAUCAUGAGCCCCCCAUCGGGGCUAAAGAUGCAUUUUCUUUCCUCCCUCACAGCUCUAGCCAGAUCCAAGAUUUGGGUAGCUUCCGGUUCUUGGACCAACAACCUAGAAGAGAAGGCGAAGAUAAGCACCAAAAUUGUAUGAAUGUUCAUCAUCAGCUUGGGGACAUCUAUGCUGAUGAUGAGGGUUUGAAACCAGACACAAUGGUGAUGGAGAACUUAAGAUGGGUUGGAAUGUCCGACAAAGACCUUGAGAAGACACAUAUGGAGGAGUACAGGGAAGUUCCAAUAGAAAAUGUCUCAAGCUUUAAUAGAUCGGGACAUGAAGUGCAUGGAAGGAGUAGCAAGGGAUACUAUAGAGCUGAAAUGAAUGACUUGUCGUCGGUGGCGGUGGGAUUGGACAAUAGCAGCCACCAUAGUAUGGCAAACCAUUUCUUGGAAGAUGGUAAUCCCGGGGGUGGGUUUUGUGAUUCUCCCACAUUAGAGGUUUUCGAGAAAGUAGAGGUGAAGCAUGGGAUGUUUGUGGCGACAAGACAAGCAGCCACAACAUUGUAUCACCAAGUUGUUCCCUCUACCACGGUUCGAAUCUACCGGAACUUGGCCCCCUUUCCAGCAAUAGCGGGUGACAAAUUUGAAGCUGGUGCCGACUUUGUGUCAAGGAAGAAGCUGGCAAUGGCGAGCAGCUUUUUCUUCUUUAUCAGCAUGGUUGUCGCAACACUUCAGGCCUGUUUGCUUCAUUUCUUGGAGCUGUCAGAGAAGAUUUUGCAUUACAGCCACAAAUGGAAGAAUAGUGAACUUUUCACGGCACAAAAUUAUGAGAAGCUGAGACCGGAACCAAUAUAUUGGUUCCGGUCAUAUCUCAUGCAUCAAUCGGGAUGUGGGGGAGUGGACGAGACUGCACCCUGGUCAUAUCUCACCCUCGUCGUGGCUCUUUCUACCAUUUGGUUGCACUAGAAUAUAAUUAAUGUCACAUUCAUUCUUUUGAACUAUUUAUAAAGAGUAUUAUACUACAUAUGUCCUCAAAUUCUCUCCAACUCCUUUUUUAUGACCUUAUUUCAUUGUUUUUUGAUUAAGAGAGGCCGGCAAAACGAGCCUUCUCCUAAUUUCAAUCAUAAAUUGAAAACUGUAUGUGUGCACACAUGUCUUUCAUGCCAUAUUAUGUUGUUCUUUCCAAA